GAAUUUUUGGUUUCAGCAUUUCUGUUAUUGUUUACUAUUUUUUCCGGGUUGAAUCUGGGGAACACCGGGGUGGCAGACGUAAGAAUAUAAGAGAGCAGCUGCCCGUGCUACUGCACAUACUUGUUUCAAAAUGCCUGGUCCACCCUAUCACGACGAAACAGCAUAUGAUGUCCCGGUGAAGGAUACAACUCCGUCCAAAUAUGGAGCCGGUGCUCUUCUACAAUAUGGUGCUCUGGGAAAUAUUGACGAAGAAGAUGCUUAUGGCGAUAAUAAACAAGGUCAGCAAAGAAGGGCUAUUUCUAAACUAGGUAGAGAUGAGUUGGAGGAUAAAUACCUAAGGCUAUAUGAAGAAAAUCUGGUCUUGAAAAAACAUGCAAGAAAACAAGAAGACAAAAUUAAAAGAAUGGCCACAAAAUUACUACGUCUGGUCAAUGACAAGAAAAAGAUCCAGCACUUGGAAGGUGGAGGUCGAGUACGAGAUGUUGAAACUGAGGAAAUGAUGGAAGACCUGCAUGGGAAAAUAAGGGAACUGGAAAAACAAAAUGAACAGCUAAAAAAUAAGUUAAUGGUUUCUAAACAACAGAUUGCUACACAGAAUAAAAGGACUGAUCCCUAUACUUACGUCCAAUCACGAGUUGACACAGGUAGAGGUCCGAAGCCACCAGCUUCAGAACGGAUAAAGAGAGGGCUUCGAGUUCAGGGUGAAGGUGCUAAAUCAGCAACACCGAGGGCAUUCCGUAAUGAUGUCCUGCCUCGAUAUGGUCAUAGCUUACUAGAGGAAGCACGAGCUGAAAAUAGACAACUAGAGGAAUACAUCCAACAACUUCAAGAUCAGGUUGCUAUCCUGGAACAUGACUCUGACAUGGCUAAAGAACGGAUAUCAAGAAAUGACAGAGAGCUUGAAGCUGAAUUAUUACGACUACGAGAACAGAUGUCGGCAGGUCAAAGACAUAAAGCUGAAUCCAAUAUACAAGAGAAUGUUGAGUUGAUCAAGCUUCAACGAGAAAUCAAGGAGAAAUCCACUAAAUUGUCAGCCAUGCAGGCACAAUAUCAGAACCUUGAAGAUAACUUGAGAACUGUGAAGUCAAGUCAUGAAGGUGUACUCCGUGAAAUGGACAAACUGAAUAAUCAACUACAAGCAGAGCAGAACAAAGUGAUGAAUCUCCAGAGUGAACUGAAAUCAGGUACUAUCACUCAAAGACAACUUAUUGAGCUACAAGAAAGAAUAUCUGAUUCAGAUCGAGAGAAGGAGAUUUUAAAGGAAGCUAAUGAGAAACUACUAAGCAGUGCCUUUGAUGCAGAUAGAGAGAGACAAUAUCGUGCCAAUGAAAAGCAACUGAAGUUACAGAUAGCACAGCUAGAAGCUACCUUGAAAGGAGAUCUCAAUGAUAAGAAUACUAUCUUAGAUAAACUUACAGAUGAACGAGAGACAAGAGAAAAGUUGGAUAAGGACAAUAGAGAACUGCAAAUAAAGUAUUACUCAUCCAAACAAGAACUUGAUGAGCUGUCUGAAAAGAUGAAGUUCUUCACCAAGGAGAGUGCUGUUGAUUUCCAGGAGUUGGAAGAAGCAUUAAUUCUUGUAAAGAAACGUAAAGAGGCAGGAAGUCAGAACUUGGAGUUUUUAGAAAGAGUUGAUGAUGAAUUGAAUAAAGAUAUGAAACAGCAGAUAGUUGGCUUACAAGCAGAGCAUGCAGAGACGGUGGAGGAGCUUGAGAAGACCAGGAAUAUGCUAAUAUUACAACACAAGAUAAACCGUGACUAUCAACAGGAAGUAGAAAGCAGCACAGCAAGACUAGAAGAUUAUAAAAAAGAAUAUGAUACUAAACUGGAAGAGUAUGCACAAUUGUUAGAUAUCCGAGCAGCUAGGAUAAAGAAACUUGAGAGUCAACUGAAAGAUAUUGCAUAUGGUACAAAGCAGGUGAAACUCAAAGACUUUGUGGAGCAUGAUGACGAGUACGAGGAGAUUGAUGAAACUCUGAAGUUAGAGAGAGGACAGAAUGUGUUUGAGAUACACAUACAGAAGAUCUCAUACAGUAGAGAAGCUUUGAAUGAAAUGGGCGACAGUGAACCAUCAACAUUCGUGACUUAUGAAUUCUUUGAAUUUGAAGUUCAAUCAACACCAGUGGUGAAAGGAAAUAAACCAGAUUUUGAUUUUACAUCGCAGUAUGUGGUCACUGUGGAUGACUUCUUUCUACAUCAUUUAAUGAAGGAAUCCACCACACUGGAGGUACACCAAGGACUAGGUACUGAAUACCACACUGUGGCAGCUUGUCAACUCAAAUUUAGAGACUUGCUAGAAAAGCCACAGGGACGUUUACAUGGAACAGCUCAGUUAACAGGAAUGGAUCGCAAUCACGUUGGUACUAAUUAUGGCGUGAUUGAAUACUGGGUUAGAUUACGUGUUCCAAUGGAUCAGGCUCUCAGAUUGUUCAGGGAAAGACUGAAAGCAUUAGGGUACAUGACGUCUAACUAUAGAGCCACAGAGGAGGCUAUCCAAGCCCUAGACACAAGGGAAGCUACUACAUCAAGUAGAGAUAAGAAUCUAAAUGAGCUGGUCGUUAAGAUUAUCAGGGCUAAUAACGUCAAUGCAAGGAGGAAUGGUGUGCAACCCAGUUCCUAUUGUAUUUACAGAUUUUUUGAUUUCAAAGAUCACGAUACAGUCAUCAUUCCAAACUCUAAUAAACCUGAAUUUAACGAUAGUAAAUUAUUCCCUGUGCCAAUGAAUGUGGACCUGGAUAGAUAUCUUAGAACAGAGCAUAUCACAGUGUAUGUAUUUGAUGACACUGAUCCUGAAGAACAAUCCUACCUAGGCUUGGCUAAAAUUCCACUCAUCAGCUUGGCUCAUGGUAAAGGAAUUAAGGGAACAUUUGAAUUGAAGACGGCUGAUGGUAAAGGUAAUGGUACCCUUGAUGUACAUAUGAAAUGGCAGUAUACUUAUGUCCCACCUAAACAAACAUCAGUUGCUAAGGCUGUGACUAAAUCCACACUGAAAGACUCACAACCUGUGCCAUCUUCAGUAACAGCAGCAGCUCCCAUCGAGACACCCAUCAAACAGUCUGCUGUUCCUAUAGCAGCAUCUACACCAACUAAGAGCUCUGUGCCUACAGCCAAACCACGAAUUAGAACUAGUGAGCACCAACAAGCUAAAACUGAAACUUCUGAGAAAACAAAGACUAAAGCUGAAGCUUCUCAGAGAACAAAACCUAAAGCUGAGGUUACUGACCAAUUAGGGACUAAAACAAGAAAAGAAAUCACAUUUGAGGAUAAGACAAAGAUGGAACCUGCACGAGACUUUACCUUGCGCCAGAUUGAACCCGAGAGUACAAUGCAUGUUGCAACGCCAAUCAUGGAAUCAGACAACUCAGUGACAUCUGAUGUAGUGCGAGAGACUGACAGUGACGAUGACACGAUGACAGAAAACAACAGCAAGGUAGCCAAUGGAGAGGGAGAAGGAAUUGAAGACACUAUGUUUGAAGAGAAUUAUUCUGAUGACGACGAUCAAGUAACUGAUCCAAGUUUAGAGAAGGAAACUGAUAUACCAAAUGGUAUGGAGGAUGGAGACGGGAAUGACACUAGUGAUGACAUUAAAACUGAUGACGAACUAGAGUCUCAGGAUGACAGUAGUGUUGUCAUGACACCAGCUAUCAACAGACCAGCAUCAUCAACAGGAAAUGACAAUGUUGUGACAGUGGCUGUGUUUUCUCUGAUGCUUGAUGAGGAGAGUGAUGUCAUGCAGGAUGACAAGAUACAGAGACUAUAUGUGGAAUACAGAUUUUUAGGUGUUGAUCCAGCCGAGUUAGAAACACCAUUUUCUCUCCCAAAGCCCAAACCAAAUCAGCGCAUUUCCUAUAACUUCAAGAAAAAUUUCCACGUUGAUAUUGAUAAUAAUAAGCUGCGGAGAGACUAUUUAGCCAGCAUGCUUCUACCAGAAGAUGUAUCUGAAGGAAAGAUUCGGUUUACCAUAGUUAAUGAGCCGCCAGAAGAUCAUCAGAGUUUAGACUGUGAGGAUAUUGGAUAUGCAUAUGUUGAUGUUUGUCAGAUACUGCAAAAAGGAAGGGAUGUCAUCGAACAGGAUUUAGAUAUUUAUGAUGCCAUGGAUGAGGAGGAGACAAUCAUUGGAACACUAAAUGUGACAGUGGAAUGCUUAGCUGCUUUGCAAGCUGUAAAAAAGGAACUCCCGCCAUCAGCUUCUUAA